AUGACAACCCCAUCUUCCCCACCAGCAUGUGCCGAGCACAAGCUCUCGUUGCCACCGCCCGAAGCCGACGAGAAGAAUCAGCAGGUACAGAGAGCCGAGAACGUGCAGCGAGCCCAGUGGCUCCGCGCCGCUAUCCUUGGAGCCAGCGAUGGGUUGCUUUCCACAACCGCUUUGAUGAUCGGCGUGGGGGCGGCUAAAGAUGACCAUUGGUCUAUGAUCCUCUCCGGCUUCGCUGGUACCGUUGCUGGCUCCUGCAGCAUGGCGGUUGGGGAAUUUGUGUCGGUGUCGAUGCAGAGAGAUAUCGAGAAGGCAGGCCGCAGGCGGAAUUUCAAGAGCGAGAAAUCUGGGUCGCUGCCUUCUGUUACACAAGAAAUGAGCUGCAGUGGUGCACCGAGAGAGCUGCCGGAGAGCCCGUCUCCGGCUGGGACGCCUGCCCUGACGUCUUACGAGCGGUCGCCGAUGCUGAGGGGGAUCCCAGAGGAUGUGAAUGCCGAGAAAAAAGAAGCGAAGGUUGAUGACGAUGAAGGUGAGAUUCUGCCGAAUCCGUUCAUGGCUGCCGUGGCGUCGAGUCUGUCGUUCGUGAUGGGGUCGCUCGUGCCACUUGCGACGGCCUUGCUACUGAGGAACAGCAAGAUCAGGGCCGUGAUGAUCGCUGUUGUAGCGUCUAUCUCUCUGGCGCUCUUCGGGGGAGUCGGGGCCUACCUUGGUGGGUCCCCCAUACUGGUCUCGGCGAUAAGAGUGCUGAUCGGAGGGUGUAUAUCUAUGGGGAUCGCCUACGGAUUGAUGAAGCGGUUCGAUGAUAUAUGA